AUGAAGAAACUACUGUUGAUUUCACUUGUUUUAGUACCGAUUAUUCUUUGUACACGAUUUUUGCGCGAUGAAAAUGAAGAUUCCGAGGAAGAGGAAGAAGAAGCCAUGGAGAUUUUGAGGGUUAGUUAUGACGAGGGAAGUGCGCUCUAUUGAAAUCUAAUUCUUGCAGUCCGACAAUCUCGAAGUCGCCGAAUACUGUGCAGCUGAACAAGAGCAAUACAUCUAUUUUUGCCACGGAAUCUGGUCGAUCGAUAAAAUUCGGCGAAUUCAGCGAAAACUCGCACAAAUCGAAAAAUUCUGCGCGGGUUACAAGAAGUCUUGUGUCAAAAGAGGGGGAGUCGAGUUCGAAGUAUCUGCUGAAGAAGAGCUGAGCCUCGAAGCAAAAGCGGAGCGUCGAAAACGCGUCGAAAAUCGAGCCGAAGACAUGGUUUUUGAGGAGGUGAUGGAGAAGUUGGCGGAAAUUGUACCGUGUCGACCGAAUUGUGACGUCACCAUUCAUCCACAUUGCACAAGGCGUUGUAAGGUUUGUUAGAGCAUUUUGGGGGCCUGAUUUUUAGCCAGUAAAAAAUUUUUGCAGUGUGAAUAUGAGUCUAGACGGAUUAGGAAUCGAUGCUCACGGCGGAGCUCGAGAAAUGAUUAUUAUUGUCAACUUUGGUACGCUUCAUGCUCGGGAUAUCUUGGAAAAUAA